GAGAAUGGGCUUAACAUAUAGUGCAGAGUGGCUAAGCCAGUUCAGUUCACAACCUUCAUUGAUACUUCACUCUCGACCUUCCCUUUCCAUACUCUUCAGAUGUUACGACUUCGUCGUGUCAAUGCCACAAUUCCAGCAGAAGAAAAUCACUGAUUAUUUUAAACUCGACAAAGCGAGUUGGCCUAGACGAUCACUCGGAAAUAGUCUGCCGUUGCAGGAGAACGAUUUCCGAACAAUCUUAGACCUUCCUAACGAGCUACUUCUCUAUAUCUCGGACCUUCAAAUCACUCAACCAACGGACCUGAAUGCAGCAACGCAAUUAUACGCUGUCUGCAAGCGCUUCUAUUCUGUUUACACGCGAUACGCCUUUAAUCACCUCUCUUGUAACGGCACAAAGCAGCUAUUCCUAUUAAACCAAGCUCUCAAAAAGGAGAUCCUUUCUGCGGAUCGUGUGACGUUAGCGCUUUUGCCUCUUCAGCAACUUCCCUAA